AUGUCUGACGCCGCGGAGACCAAGCCCGACCCCACCACUCAGGCUCCUGAGGAGACCAAGCCCGAUACCGCCACCACCGGCGAGGGCGAGAAGACUGUGACUGAGGCUGCUGUUGACACGGCCAAGGAGGCUGCUGAUACUGCCAAGGACGCGGCUGCUAAGACCACCGAUACCGUUUUCUCCAUGUUCGGAGGCGGUCCCAAGAAGGAGAAGAAGGAGGAGACCGAGGAGGGUACGGAUGAGCCCUCUGGCUCUGCCAAGGCCCAGAAGGAAAGCGAGAACCCCGAGGACGAGGCCCCCGAAUCCCCCGAUGUCCACUUCGAGCCCGUCAUCCGCCUCACCGAGAAGGUUGAGACCAAGACCAACGAGGAGCUCGAGGAGCAGGUCUUCAAAAUGCGCGCCAAGCUGUUCAAGUUCGACCGUGAGAGCAAGGAGUGGAAGGAGCGUGGUACCGGUGACGUUCGUCUCUUGAAGCACAAGGAGAACGAGAAGACCCGCCUGGUCAUGCGCCGGGAUAAGACCCUCAAGGUCUGCGCCAACCACUACAUUGUCCCCGACAUGAAGUUGAGCCCCAACGUUGGCAGUGACCGCAGCUGGGUCUGGAACGCCGCCGCCGAUGUCAGCGAGGGCGAGCCUGAGGCCCAGACUCUGGCUAUUCGCUUUGCCAACAGCGAGAACGCCAACCUCUUCAAGGAUGCCUUUGAGAAGGCCCAGCAGGAGAAUGAGAAGCUCUUCGGUGCCGCUAGUGAGCAGUAA